UGCAACAGGAGAGGCAUGAUCCAGAAUGGAAUAAGCAAAGCUUUAAGAGGCUGAUGCAGGGAGCCGCCAUUAGAGGCAGCAAAGACUGUUCUCUGUGAGGCAAACGAGGCGUGAGCCUGAACGGUUCUGAGGGAAGGAAAGGGAGAAGGAAAGGAGAGGCCUAGCUCUGGGCAUCUAGAAAAAUGAGUGAGAGUGAUGAUGAUGAUGUCCCUCAGCUUUCAUCUGAAGCCUUAGCUGCUCUGCAGGAGUUCUAUAUUGAACAACAGCAGAAAGAAGACAUAAAGACAACAGAAAAAUCUAACAACUAUUCUCUUGGCUCAGUAGACGAGAACUGGCAACUGAGCCAGUUCUGGUACGAUAUCGACACUGCAGAUUGUUUGGCUAGAGAGGCUAUAAGAGCAGCUGGAAGAGGUGGCAGGAUAGCAUGUAUUAGUGCACCCAGUAUAUAUCAAAAAUUAAAAGAACAGAACAGCAAUGAUUUUUCAACAUGUAUAUUGGAAUAUGACCGAAGAUUUUCUGCAUAUGGAGCUGAGUACAUUUUCUAUGAUUAUAAUGAUCCUUUGAAUCUUCCGGACAAUCUCCCAGCACAUAGUUUUGACAUUGUCCUAGCAGAUCCACCCUACCUGUCUGAAGAGUGUCUCAGAAAAACAGCAAAAACGAUAAAAUAUCUAACAAAAGGAAAGAUUCUGCUUUGUACAGGUUCAGUCAUGGAAGAACAUGCUGCAAAGUAUCUUGGUGUGAAGAUGUGCAAGUUUAUUCCAAAACAUACUCGAAACCUAGCCAAUGAAUUUCGAUGUUAUGUGAAUUAUGAUUCUGGACUAGAUUCUAAUUCUGUCUCUUGACAACAAGCAUAUAAAUACUGGUGACAUA